CAUGCAUCGUUCAUCCCAGCUUAAAUAACCACCAACUCACUGCCAAUCUUGUUUUAUCCACAAUGCCACUCGCUUCUCUAAAGCAAAUCUCCAUGUACUAUCUUAGAACAUGGAAAGCCCCUCAGAUUGAUAUCUGUGCCAAGUUAUGAGUGGUGAGCACAAAAGCAGCUAUUCGAAGAUCAGAGGGAAAAGCAUUUUCAGGCAAAGGGAACAGCAAGGGCAAAGGCCUGAAAUGAUAAAGAGACUGGGACGUUUAAUGGGAAGUGGAGUUGGUCAGGAAUGAAUAAAAAGGAGAUUGGUACGUUCAGAGAUAAACAGGACCAGACCAUGUGUCUAGCCCCUGGACCAUGGUAGAGUUUGGAUUUGUUCUAAGGGUAACGGGAUCCCAUUGGAGAGUUUUAAGCUGAAAAGUGAUUCACUUCGAGGAUGUAGGAGACUUUCCCCUCUCUAAUUCUGGGUUCUAGGCAUACUAUCUACUUUCACUUCCUCAAUCAAAUCAUGUACCAUGUACUUUUUUUUUUUUUGGCCUCUAUGGCUUUCUUUGCCCUUACUGUUCUCUCUGCCAGAAAGACUCCCAUUCCAGUUGGCUUCUAUUCAUUCUUGGCUUAAAGAUGAAUAGGAUUCCUCCUGGAAUCCUUUCCAGGGUGGGGCGGGCGCUUCUGGCCCCCACAGCUUCCUAUGCUCCACUCAUCCCAAAUCUAACCACCUGGGGUUGUAGUUCUGAUUACGUGUGGACCUCCUUUCUUGGGGGCGCCAUGAGGCUAGGGAUCAGGUUUGUCCUGUUCACUGCGGAGAGCAGUAAUUAUUUAUCCUGGUUGGGGGUGGAGGGAUGAGAAGGUUGGUAAGGGUCCUGGUCCUUGCACCCCCUCACCGGAUGCAAACCGAUCCAGACCAAACCAAGGCUAACACUUUAGCGCUAAACCGUAGCCCCUGUGCGCACGCGCUUUGCUCAGGCGCGCCCCCCGCCUCACAUAUGCUAAUCACUGCGCUCGGGAGUACGGCCUCUGGGGAAUAUGCAAAUAACCCCUUUCAGCGCCGGAGGCCUCCCAUUGUCCCGCGCUAAGAUUAUGCAAAUGAGUAGGCUUUAGGUCCAGGAUCCUUGCCGAGCUGGCGACCCCUACCCUCGGGGCAUCCCAUCUUCCCUAAGGCGCGUUCCUGCUGCGCUCACGCACGCGCGAGUCCCGCAGUUUCUCGUUCGGUCCGGCUGCGGACUGUACCAAGGGAACCCGGACAGCGAGGGGCACAGCCCGGAACCCCCUGCCCGGGCCUCAUCGAUGGCACGACUCGGAUAGCCCCUCAAUCACACUGUGAGCCUGGAAUGGUCCAUCUCGCCGCGCAAGCGCCCUAGGCUCUUCACGCCCCUCGCGCUCCCUCCUACCCCACUUGCAGCGCAGGCGCCGAGCCCGGGCGUGCAGCCGCCGCCGCCGCCGAGCCGGAGCGGGGGCCGCCCUCGCCGCAUCCCUCUACCUGCUGACAUCUUGCAUUAGAGAACUUGUGGCCGAGGUGUGGCUGUGGAGAGCUGGCCGGGGAGGGACACUGCCCAGCUGCUGCUCUGCUCCUGUCUUCUGUCCCCGUCCCCUGGCCAUGACAGAGACCCGUGAGCCAGCUGAGACUGGGGGCUACGCCAGUUUGGAAGAAGAUGAUGAGGACCUCUCUCCAGGUCCCGAGCAUUCCUCUGACUCCGAAUACACACUCUCAGAGCCGGACUCCGAAGAGGAAGAAGAUGAGGAGGAGGAGGAAGAGGAGACCACUGACGACCCCGAAUAUGACCCUGGCUACAAGGUGAAGCAGCGCCUGGGCGGGGGCCGGGGUGGCCCUUCCCGCCGGGCCCCCCGUGCAGCUCAGGCCCCGGGCCCCCCAGCUCAGCCCUGCCAGCUCUGUGGCCGCUCACCUCUUGGGGAGGCCCCUCCAGGCACCCCACCCUGCCGGCUCUGCUGCCCUGCUACAGCCCCCCAGGAAGCACCAGCCUCCGAAGGCAGGGUCCUCGGGGAGGAAGAGGAGGAGCCGCCUCGGGCUGGGGAGGGCCGCCCAGCUGGGAGGGAGGACGAGGAGGACGAGGACGAGGAGGGGACCUAUCACUGCACGGAGUGUGAGGAUUCCUUCGACAACCUCGGGGAGCUGCAUGGGCACUUCAUGCUGCAUGCCCGGGGUGAGGUGUAGGCAGAGCCCCCCCCAAAGCAGGGAGCUUCGCAGAAGGGGUGGGCUGGGAGGAAGGGGCCGAGGAGAUUGGAGUGGUCAUGGGGGACGGGUACCGCCGAUCUGUGUUGUCUUAGCAGUAGAUGUGUGAAGGCCAGAAUAAACGCCAAAUUCUGU